CCGGGGGAGAAUGAGCCCCGGAGCCCGCGGGGGCACGGCCCGGGCCAGGCCCCGGAUCUAGACCGAGGCCGCGGGGCGGGCGACUCGCGGCCGCUGCUCGCCGACCGCCCAGGGCUGGGCGGUUUUGUUUUCGCCCUCGCGUGGUGCAGAGUCGAAGCGCAGUAAGAUGUCCACUAGGACCCCCUUGCCAACCGUGAAUGAACGAGACACUGAAAACCACACCUCACAUGGAGAUGGGCGACAAGAAGUCACCUCCCGCACUGGGCGCUCUGGAGCUCGGUGUAGAAACUCCAUAGCUUCCUGUGCGGAUGAGCAGCCUCACAUCGGAAACUACAGACUGUUGAAAACGAUCGGCAAGGGGAACUUUGCUAAAGUGAAAUUGGCACGACACAUCCUUACAGGCAGAGAGUUUUUCAGCGGACACAACAUCUUUUGUUUGUAUGUGGUGCUGAGGAUGGAACCUGGGCCGCACGCAUGCCAGGUUGCAAUAAAAAUAAUUGACAAAACUCAGUUGAAUCCAACAAGUCUACAAAAGUUUUCGGCGGACACAACAUCUUUGUAUGUGGUGCUGAGGAUCGAACCCGGGCCACACGCAUGCCAGCUCUUCAGAGAAGUAAGAAUAAUGAAGAUUUUAAAUCAUCCAAACAUAGUGAAGUUGUUUGAAGUCAUUGAAACUGAAAAAACACUCUACUUAAUCAUGGAGUAUGCAAGUGGAGGUGAAGUAUUUGACUAUUUGGUUGCACAUGGAAGAAUGAAGGAAAAAGAAGCAAGAGCUAAAUUUAGACAGAUCGUGUCUGCAGUACAAUAUUGCCACCAAAAGCGGAUCGUUCACAGAGACCUCAAGGCUGAAAAUCUGUUGUUAGAUGCAGAUAUGAACAUUAAAAUAGCAGAUUUUGGUUUCAGCAACGAGUUCACUCUUGGCAGUAAGCUAGACACAUUCUGUGGUAGUCCUCCAUAUGCAGCCCCAGAGCUUUUCCAGGGCAAGAAGUAUGACGGGCCGGAAGUCGACGUGUGGAGUCUUGGCGUGAUUCUGUACACCCUAGUCAGCGGGUCACUUCCCUUUGACGGGCAAAAUCUGAAGGAACUUAGAGAGAGAGUGUUACGAGGGAAAUACAGAAUCCCUUUCUACAUGUCCACAGACUGUGAAAACCUUCUCAAACGCUUCCUGGUGCUAAACCCAAUUAAGCGAGGCACUCUAGAGCAAAUCAUGAAGGACAGGUGGAUCAAUGCAGGGCAUGAGGAAGAUGAGCUUAAACCCUUUGUUGAACCAGAACUAGACAUCUCAGACCAGAAGAGAAUAGAUAUUAUGGUAGGAAUGGGAUAUUCACAAGAAGAAAUUCAAGAAUCUCUCAGUAAAAUGAAAUAUGAUGAAAUCACAGCUACAUACUUGUUGUUGGGGAGAAAAUCUUCAGAGCUGGACGCUAGCGACUCCAGUUCUAGCAGCAACCUUUCACUUGCUAAGGUGCGGCCAAGCAGUGACCUCAGCAACAGCACUGGCCAGUCUCCUCACCACAAAGUGCAAAGAAGUGUUUCUUCCAGCCAGAAGCAGAGACGGUACAGUGACCAUGCUGGACCAGCUAUUCCUUCAGUUGUGGCAUAUCCAAAGAGGAGUCAGACCAGCACUGCAGAUAGUGACCUCAAAGAAGAUGGAAUUCCUUCCCGGAAAUCAGGUGGCAGUGCCGGGGGAGGAAAGGGAAUUGCUCCAGCCAGUCCCAUGCUUGGGAAUGCAAGUAAUCCCAACAAGGCGGAUAUUCCUGAACGCAAGAAAAGCCCUGCUGUCCCCAGUAGUAGCACAGCAUCUGGAGGGAUGACACGGCGGAAUACUUAUGUUUGCAGUGAGAGAACCACAGCGGACAGGCAUUCAGUCAUCCAGAAUGGCAAGGAGAACAGCACCAUUCCUGAUCAGAGAACUCCGGUUGCUUCAACCCACAGUAUUAGCAGUGCCACCACCCCGGACCGAAUCCGCUUCCCAAGAGGCACUGCCAUUCGUAGCACUUUCCAUGGCCAGCCCCGGGAACGGCGAACUGCAACAUACAACGGCCCUCCUGCCUCACCCAGCCUGUCCCACGAAGCCACACCACUGUCUCAGACUCGAAGCAGAGGCUCCACUAAUCUUUUUAGUAAAUUAACUUCAAAACUCACAAGAAGAAACAUGUCAUUCAGGUUUAUCAAAAGAUAUUAAGAUGUGAGCAGCUGCAGAACAGAAGUGUUUUAAUAUUUUUGGAGAAUUGAAGAGUAAACAGUGUUCUAUCUAAAGCCACUUCCUACUAGCACUGAAGAAGCACCUCUCACUGUUUUCCCUAGAGCACUGCAAUAAGAGGCAUUCUGAUUUCAUUAAUGUUUUUGGUGUUGACAAUCAAGAGGCCAAAAAUACUGCUGCCUUUGGAAUCCACACUUAUGAGGCAGGAAGUCUGCCUUUAAGGACCACAGUGUGCCUAUGCUUAUUCGGAGCAGGAAGGCCAGGCUGCCAGUUUUUGUGUUUACAAAACUGAUUGGUCACUGGAAGGCUCUUUUAACUGUGGGAAAAGUGCUUUCUUCCUGCUGGGAAUUCCACUCCUUGACUAUUUUUCAGUUGAUCUUCCUCAUUGUCAAAUUUUCCCUUGGACAGAAAAUGUUAUAAUUGAAUGCAGAGUUCAACUGAUAGCCUUAUUUCCUUUCAAUUGGAAACCCAUUCUUCUGUGGGUGAGGUACAAAAGCCAGAGCCACUCUGGUCCAAGGCAUGGAGGUGCCCAGGUGAAGAGGUGGGAGGACAAUGUGGCAUGAUGCCCAGCCCUGUGCAUGCCCGUGUCCUCCCAGAGAAGCACACAGCACUGCCGCAGGCUCACUGGUGACUAGAAAGUACUCAGAUGUGUUCGCUGCAUGAUGUGUGUGUUCAGGACAGUGUUGUGCUGCUAUGUAAGUUCUCUCUUCUCUUCCCCACUUCUCUUUGCUUCCACACUGUGUUC